AUGGCUACUAUUAAUAGUGACAGUUCAACUGCUUUUCGUUUUGCUGAUCUCGGUUCAUUGCCAAAGCGAAUGCUAGCACCCAUUGAAGGCUAUGAAGACAUGCCUCUGGUAUCAAUUGAAGAAGCGGUGCAACCUCUCGUGAAUAUCGUACCAAAAGUCGAGCGUAACGUAUAUAUUGUCAAACAGAACUGUAAGAAUCCAGCAGAUGGCUUAACCACUGAUGAAUCUGCUUCGAUUAUGCUGUACACGUAUGAAUCGAUGCCACAUAACAACUCUCUGUAUAUCAUUCUCAACGACACAUUACGUUCAGAGGACAGACAAAAACUCAUUCCUUGGUUUUUGUAUUUACGUCUUGUCUUAACAGCACUAGCUCGCCUACCGUCCGACCGACAUUUUAUUAAUCGUGGAGUUCGAAAAGACUUACGUGCAGAAUAUCCAGAAGGCAGCACUAUUAUUUGGUGGGGAUUUUCAUCUUGUACCUCAUCCGUGAAGGUACUCGAAUCUGAGAUAUUUUUUGGCAAAACUGGAACCCGUACUCUAUUUCAAAUCGAUUGUCAUACGGGAAAAGAUAUUAAAAAUCAUUCAUUUAUACAGAAAGAAGACGAAAUUCUCCUGCUUCCUGCCAGACAACUUCAAGUUAAAUCCUGUCUUGAUUCUGGUAAUGGACUCUAUAUAAUACAACUCAAAGAAAUAGAUCCGCCGUAUCCAUUACUUGAACCAGUGCCCAGAUCAAGCUCAAUAGAACCAGCCAAGAAGAAUAUUAAUCUCGGGUCUCAAGCAACAGGCAAGCUAGCCAAGCCAACACCAUCAGCCGCAUCAAGCGCAGCAUCCUACAAUAUGCCAGCAAUUCAAAAGAACCCUUCAGGUAAUGAUUGA